CCCAUUCUAAAAAAAAUAUAAAAAAUACAAUUUGAUAUUCAAGGAUGAAACCGGAGUAAGAGAAACCGGCGACUUUGCGGUGAAAGGUCAGAGUAUGCUGAAACUAGUUUCUGAAAUGUUGUGCGUUCGAGGAGGUCAGAAGAUGAGGCCUUUUCUAUGUGCGCAAAUUAGUGGCUUUCAUACUUCAAAGCCUGGUUUAGCACCUAGAAGCUUUUUUGGGGUGGAAGAUUUCGUUGAUGAUGACAAUAGCCGUCCAUACACUUAUCAGAAGGGGAAAAAAUCUAAGAACCCAAACAAGCAUGUUUCUUUCAAGCAACGGACUGUAGCAUACAUGGAACCGUUCACACUUGAUGUUUUCAUAUCAAAGCGCUUUGUUUCAGCCUCAAUCACCCAUAGAGUUACAUGCAAACAGGUUGCAGUAGCUGGUACAAACUCCAAAGAUAUCAAGGCAGUGCUCAAAUCACGAAGUGAUAUUCCUGCAUGCUUGUCUGUUGGUCAGAUUUUGUCCGACAGGGCAAGAGAAGCUGAUGUAUACACUGCUUCUUAUACACCUAGAGAUAGGGACAAAUUCGAAGGGAAAAUUAGAGCAGUUGUUCAGUCCCUCAUUGAUAAUGGUAUCGACAUCAAAGUUUAUCUUGACUGAAAAAAGGUACUAUGUCUACCCAUUGUAUCCAAAUAUAUUUAACCACCUUAAAGUAAUGAACCCUUAUUGCAGUCUAGUUAGUAUUUGUUUUAGUCUGAGAUUGUCAUAAGCCCCUCUUUGUGGAGAAGGCUGGCUUACUCACUUUUUUGUUUUUUCUGAUUGAUUGGUCUGUCUAUGCCAUCUUUACUAGAGAAGACCAAGUAGUGUGAAUCCUUGACCUGGAUUGGAUAUAUGUAUGCCCUAACAUGGAGCUGAGGAAGGAAACCUAUAAUACAGGCUAUGGAUGCUCCAAUCUUGCUGUGUAUACUCAUUGUAUGUUUACAUCUUUCGUUCUGCUGUCAUCAUCAAAAGCUCCAAGGACCAACACAGCUAGGGAGCAACAUACAAGUGUAUUGCUUGUUCUACGACUGUUGAACUCGAUUUGGAGGGAUGAAGUGACAUUUGUGUUUCUUUAAUUAAUUGACAAAAUGUCACCUUAGGUUAUAAAUAUCAUGUAAGAUUGUGAGGAAGAAUGGACUUUACAAUCUAUAGCACUUGACUCAAGCUUAUAAUCACAACAGAUCUUCCUCUGUUUA